GAACGAUUCAUUCGGCAUUCCUUGCAAAGCCGCGGGCGAGACACACUGUCUCCCCACGCUCCGCGACACCACGCAUGGGCGAGCCCGGACCCACCCGAGAGGCAACCGCCGCGCCUUCCGGUUCCGAUGACAGCGGCGCCGGAAGCGGGCUGAGCUGCAAGACUAGGUGACAGCCUGCCGGCUCCCGGUCCCGGGGUGCGGGGCGCCCCGACCAAAGCCUGGAGCAGUCGUCGGCCACACCCUCCAAGGGCUGGUGGAGUCGCCCGGACUCCGACGUCCCGUCCUAGUGCACCUGACUGAGUCAGAGGAUCCACACUGGCCUGACCCAGUUGACAUCACCAGGCAGAGGCCGCCAUGGAGCAGUGUGCCUGUGUGGAGAGGGAGCUGGACAAGGUCCUGCACAAGUUCCUAACCUACGGGCAGCAUUGCGAGCAGAGUCUGGAGGAGCUGCUGCACUCCGUGGGCCAGCUGAGAGCCGAGCUGGCCAGUGCAGCUCUCCAGGGCACCCCUCUCUCAGCCACGCUGUCCCUUGUGAUGUCCCAGUGCUGUCGGAAGAUCAGAGACACAGUCCAGAAACUGGCUUCCGACCAUAAGGACAUUCACAGCAGCGUCUCUCGAGUGGGCAAAGCCAUUGACAGGAACUUCGACUCUGAGAUCUGCGGCGUGGUCUCGGAUGCUGUGUGGGACUCCCGUGAGAAGCAGCAGCAGAUCCUGCAGAUGGCCAUCGUAGAGCACCUGUACCAGCAAGGCAUGCUCAGUGUAGCGGAGGAGCUGUGCCAGGAAUCGACAUUGAAUGUGGACCUGGACUUCAAGCAGCCCUUCUUGGAGUUGAAUCGGAUCUUGGAAGCUCUGCACGAGCAAGACCUAGGACCUGCGCUGGAAUGGGCUGUAUCUCACAGGCAGCGCCUGCUGGAGCUCAACAGCUCGCUGGAGUUCAAGCUGCACCGGCUGCACUUUAUCCGCCUCCUAGCUGGGGGCCCCGAGAAGCAGCUGGAGGCCCUCAGCUAUGCUCGGCACUUCCAGCCUUUUGCUAGGCUACACCAGAGAGAGAUCCAGGUGAUGAUGGGCAGUCUGGUGUACCUGCGGCUGGGCUUGGAGAAGUCACCCUACUGCCACCUCUUAGACAACAGCCACUGGGCGGAGAUCUGUGAGACCUUUACUCGGGAUGCAUGCUCCCUCCUGGGACUUUCAGUGGAGUCCCCACUUAGUGUCAGCUUCGCGUCUGGCUGUGUGGCGCUGCCCGUGCUGAUGAACAUUAAAGCUGUGAUCGAACAGAGGCAGUGCACUGGGGUGUGGAGUCACAAGGAUGAGUUGCCGAUUGAGAUAGAGCUGGGCAUGAAGUGCUGGUACCACUCAGUGUUUGCAUGCCCUAUCCUGCGACAGCAGACCUCAGAUUCCAACCCCCCCAUCAAGCUCAUCUGUGGCCACGUCAUCUCCAGAGAUGCACUCAACAAACUCAUCAAUGGAGGAAAGCUAAAGUGUCCCUACUGUCCCAUGGAACAGAAUCCAGCAGAUGGGAAACGCAUCAUAUUCUGAUUCCAAGGAACAUUCUAGAAGGUGUAAUCCACCCAUGGGCCUUUGUGGAGGGACUGGCUUCAGCAGACUGUGAUGCCUCUCAGACCAGCAUUACCAAGAGACCCAACCUGCCUAGGCAGAGGCCAGGGAAGGCUGUGAACCAGCAGCCUAUGCUUCCUUACCUUCUAGGGGGACUGGCUACUCUGUUCCUGCAUUCUGUUUACACUUGCCCCUGACGGAGCAGCAAAGGUCUUGGUCAUCAAAUGCAGACAUCUUUCUACUCCUGGCAUCAAAGGGGUUUCCAGCUGUGGCCCACUUCCUACUGUACAGUCUCAACUGUAUCUACCCAUUCAUUCUCCACUGUAAAUAACCCGUUAGAACUGAAUGCUGUUUUAUAACUUUGAGCAAAUAUAUUCAUAGCCCUUCUCCUU